GCGGCGAGGACGGGCAGGGCACGCACCGCCCCGGCGCCCCCCGCACCCGCACCCGCACCCGCACCCAGAGCGCUGACCCCACGCCCCGGACCUCGGCAGGAUGGAAGAGAAGCUGAAGAAAACCAAGAUCAUCUUCGUGGUGGGCGGGCCUGGCUCGGGGAAGGGCACCCAGUGUGAGAAGAUCGUCCAGAAGUACGGCUACACCCACCUGUCCACCGGGGACCUCCUGCGGGCCGAGGUCAGCUCGGGCUCGGCCAGGGGCAAGAUGCUGUCGGAGAUCAUGGAGAAGGGGCAGCUGGUGCCGCUGGAGACCGUGCUGGAUAUGCUCCGAGACGCCAUGAUGGCCGUGGUGGAAACUUCCAAAGGCUUCCUGAUCGAUGGCUACCCGCGGGAGGUGCAGCAGGGGGAGGAGUUUGAGCGGAGGAUCGGACAGCCCACGCUGCUGCUGUACGUGGACGCAGGCGCCGAGACCAUGACCAAGCGGCUCCUCAAGCGGGGAGAGACCAGCGGCCGCGUGGACGACAACGAGGAGACCAUCAAGAAGCGGCUGGACACCUACUACAAGGCCACCGAGCCCGUCAUCACCUUCUAUGAGAAGCGCGGCAUCGUGCGCAAGGUCAACGCCGAAGGCUCCGUGGACAGCGUCUUCGCCCAGGUCUGCACCCACCUGGAUGCCCUCAAGUAGCAACACCGCCCGCGGGAGCCCCUCCCCAGCUCGGAGCCCGGCCCCACCCUGUCCCGACUCCGGAGCCCUGGCCUGCGCUCAGCGCCUCCGCCCGCCCGCCCGGCCGGGGCACAGACAGAGGAAGCCACCUUAUCCUGUUUUCACGGACAGCUGAGCACUAAAGGAAUUUCCGAGGA